AUGCCGCAAAUGAACGCAAUCGCCAUCACGGAACCGGGUGGCCCCAAGGUCCUUCAACCCGUCCAGCGACCGAUCCCCGAACCCGGACCCGGCGAGGUGCGCAUUGCAGUGCGCGCCGCGGGCGUGAACCGUCCGGACAUGCUCCAGCGGCAGGGCGCCUACCCGCCGCCCAAGGGCGCAAGCGACCUGCCGGGGCUUGAAGUCUCCGGCACGAUCGACGCGCUCGGCGAGGGCGUCUCGCGCUGGUCCGCCGGCAACCAGGUCUGUGCGCUGGUUCCCGGCGGCGGCUAUGCGGAAUAUUGCAUCGCCCAUGCCAGCAACUGCCUGCCGCUACCCGCCGGCUUCACCUUCACCGAAGCGGCCGCCGUUCCGGAAACCUUUUUCACCGUCUGGCACAAUGUGUUCGAGCGCGGCGGCCUCGGGCGCGGCGAGACAAUGCUGGUGCAUGGCGGCGCAUCGGGGAUCGGCACGACCGCGAUCCAGCUUGCCGUCGCCUUCGGGGCACGGGUGAUCGUCACCGCCGGCACCGACGAAAAAUGCAAGGCCUGCGUCGCGCUUGGCGCCUACCGGGCGAUCAACUAUCGCAGCGAGGAUUUCGUCGAUGCGGUCAGGAACGCGACCGACGGGCACGGCGCCGACGUCAUCCUCGACAUGGUCGGCGGCGACUAUAUCGACCGCAACUAUUCGGCCGCAGCCAUUGACGGGCGCAUCGUCCAGAUCGCCUUUCUGAAAGGCCGCAAAGCGGAGGCCGACUUCUCCAAGCUGAUGAUGAAGCGGCUGACGCAUACCGGUUCGACGCUGCGCGCCCGCUCAGUCGAGUUCAAGGCACGGCUGGCCAGCGAACUGGACGAGGCCGUCUGGCCGCUUCUCGAACAGCGCAAGGUCGCGCCGGUCAUCGACAUGAUCUUCCCGCUCGCCGACGCAUGGCGCGCCCAUGAGCGGAUGGAGGAAAGCGCCCACACCGGCAAGAUCGUCCUCGACGUCGCCUGA